AUGGCUACGAUACCAGUCAUCGUCAAGCAUCAGGGCAAACGCUACGAUGUCGAGCUCGAUCCAUCCUCGAACGGCGAAACCUUCAAAUUCCAGCUUUACUCCCUGACCGGUGUCGAACCAGAAAGACAAAAAAUCUUGGUCAAGGGUGGCCAGCUCAAGGAUGACACCGAGCUCUCAACCCUCAAGGCGAAGCCUGGACAGACAUUUAUGAUGAUGGGAACUCCAUCAGGAGCUGAUGGAUCAGCUAUUCUGGCUCGUCCCAAGGAGACCGUUAAGUUUGUGGAGGAUAUGACUGAGGCAGAAGCUGCCCGAGCUGAGGGAGCCACUCCAGCCGGUUUGCAAAAUCUGGGCAAUACUUGCUACUUGAACUCGACUUUACAAACACUACGAGGUAUCCCGGAAUUACAACAGGAACUCUCACGGUACAGCUCGACAGGCUCUAACGGGGCUUCUCGCUUGGGUGAUCUCAGUACCCUCGGCCUCGGAGGUCUCGGCGCGUCGUCAGAUUUGACCGGUUCGUUGAGGGACCUAUACAAACAAAUGUCCGAAACCCAGGAGGGAUUUCCGCCAUUGAUGUUUUUGAACGUUCUUCGAAACACGUUUCCGCAGUUUGCACAAAAGGCACAGAAUGGUCACGGAUAUGCGCAACAGGACGCCGAGGAAGCUUGGUCACAGAUUUUGACUCAGCUGCGCCAGAAGUUGAAGGUUAAGGACGGUGAAAUCGAGACUUCGUUUGUUGAUAAAUACAUGAGUGGUCGGUUUGAGUCUACCCUCGAAUGUGAUGAGCCAGCCGCCAAAGAAGCAGGGGAAGAACCUGUCAGUUCAUCGGAUGUCUUCCUCAAGCUAGACUGCCAUAUCGACAAGGACAUUAACCACCUGGUUGAUGGAAUCAAGGCUGGUCUGGAGGAAAAGAUUGAGAAACUCUCUGCUGUCCUAGACCGAGACGCCACUUACACCAAGAAGUCAAGCAUCGCCCGACUACCCAAAUAUUUGACAGUUCAUUUCGUUCGAUUCUUCUGGAAGCGAGACAGUCAGAAGAAAGCCAAGAUCAUGCGCAAAGUCACAUUCCCCACUGAGCUUGACGUUGUCGAGUUCUGCACGGACGAGCUCAAGAAGAGACUAAUUCCCGUCAGGGACAAGGUUCGCGAAAUUCGCAAGGACGAAGAGGAUGCCGAGCGCGCCCGGAAGCGACAGAAACUGGCUCAUCGACAAGAAGAGGAUCGAAAGGCAAAUGCGGAAUCAGGACAGCCAGCUGAACCAUUACAGAAGAAGAAAAAGGCAGAAGAAGCGGAGGCCAGCAAGAGCAGCGACAGAGAUGGCGAUACCGCCAUGGACGAUGUGUUCAAGUCUGAUGAGGAGUACGAGGCCGAGAGGAGAGCGGCUAUUCUCAAGGCGAAGCAAGAGCUUUUCGAACUCAUUGAUCCAAGCCUAGCGAUCGACGAUGGCUCUAACCAAUCGGGACUCUAUGAAUUGAGGGGGGUAAUCACCCAUCAAGGUGCCAGUGCUGAUAGCGGCCAUUACACCGCAUACGUUAAGAAGCAGGGCCGCCUUGUUGAUGAUGCGCGCGCCCCUAAUGGGAAGCGACGUGAAGACGAUGGGAAAUGGUGGUGGUUCAAUGAUGACAAAGUGACUGAGGUGGAUGCCGAGAAGAUUGAAUCCUUGUCUGGUGGAGGCGAGUCCCAUUCGGCACUAAUCCUUCUGUAUGGAGCCAUCGACCUACCUAGCAAAGACGAGCUACAGUCCUAG